GUCACAAUGCGCGCUGGCAAAAGUGUGUUUCGUUCAACGUCAAUGCAAUGGACCCGACACACCUCCAACACUUGGCACACAUUCCUUCAGUUUUUCAGUGCUAUCAUCCCUGCAGGCGCAAUAACGCACUUCAGCAGGCAGUUUGGACACAAGGCGCACUGACCACUCACAGUUUGGAAAAUCAACUGCUGCAAAUGUCUAAAAUACACUGGUUUACUAUGUCGUAGGGACAGCAGAGUGAGUCACUCACUGGAAUAAGCAUACAGAUUGAUUUAUCACCUGUGACAACGGACAACUACGAUGGAUACCACUUUGGACCCCCUUUCAACAUCUCUUCUCUACGACGAGGAAGAUGGAAACGAAACCUCUACCAAUCUAUUUGAGCAGCCGGACUGGCAGGUGGCACUAUGGGCGAUUGCAUACUCCUUGAUCGUAAUUGUGUCCAUCAUUGGCAAUGUCACUGUUAUUUGGAUCAUUCUGGCACAUAAACGCAUGAGGACAGUGACCAACUACUUCAUUGUAAACCUCGCAUUUUCUGAUGCAUCUAUGGCAACUUUUAACACUGUCUUUAAUUUCGUGUACGCUUUGCACAAUGACUGGUAUUUUGGUUUGGGAUACUGUAAAUUUCAAAACUUCUUCCCAAUAACAGCAAUGUUCUCAAGUAUUUAUUCAAUGGCGGCUAUUGCUGUUGACCGAUAUAUGGCUAUAAUUCACCCUCUGAAGCCCAGGCUCUCCUCCACUACUACUAAAGUUCUGAUCGGGGUUAUCUGGACUGUGGCGUUUUCACUGGCUUUUCCUCAGUGUUAUUACGCCAGCACAAAUUUCUACUUCCCUCGGACUGUUUGUAUGGUGGAAUGGCCUGACGAUUAUGGAGGGAAACAUCAGCUCUCGUAUCAGAUUGCUGUGAUUAUCCUGAUCUACUUGCUCCCUCUGCUGGUGAUGUUGGUGACCUACAGCCUGGUGGGAAGGAGGCUGUGGGGCAACGAGAUCCCUGGAGAAGCAUCAAACCACUACCAGAACCAGAUGCAGGCGAAAGGCAAGGUUGUGAAGAUGAUGAUAGUGGUGGUGACGACCUUUGCAAUAUGUUGGCUUCCCUACCACAUCUACUUCAUCCUGGGGAGCUUCAACAGGGACAUAUACAAGCAGCACUACAUCCAGCAGGUCUAUUUGUCCAUCUUCUGGCUGGCUAUGAGUUCCACUAUGUACAACCCCAUCAUUUACUGCUGUCUAAACCAAAGAUUCCGCUCAGGUUUUCGCAAAGCGUUCCAGUGGUGCCCCCUCAUCAAGGUUUCUGAGGAGGACAACAUGGAACUGCAGCACAUGAGAACCUUCCACAUGAGACGCAGUUAUCACACUGAGACCACCAGCGUGGUGGUCCGUAAUCAUGUCAACGAAGCAGAAGACACCACUUCCAAACUAAUCAAGGCCUGAAUCUACAAUAUUUCAGUGAUGAGGGUGAAAAACACUCGUGUUGGCUAUUCUAAAAAAUCAAGCACGGCCAUACUUGCACAUAAUACCUCACAACAGAAUUAGAUUUUCCCUCCUAUUGUUCUCUAUUCAGUGGGCUUUACUGGUGGAGUAUUCAUCUACUCCUAUGGCAUAAGCACCAAGCCUGUUUUUGUUUCCGUGUUGCUGCUUGAAGUACUAGUCCUAGUAUGUGUAUAGAUCAGUUCAUUUUGUAUAUGCUGUAUAC